AUGUCUGUCGAUCGCUUAUUCGAUGUGAAGAACGCAUUCUUCCUUGGGCAUUACCAGCAGUGUAUACUUGAAGCACAGAAGUUUGUCACCAAAGUCGAGGAGGAGAAGACAGCUAAGGACGUCUAUAUGUACCGGUCAUAUAUUGCCCUAGGAAAGGCUUCCGUUGUUCUUGGUGAAAUUUCCGAACGAACGAAUAAUCCGUCUUUGAAGGCUGUUCGUCGUCUGGCUGAAUAUCAGCACCCAAUCGACAGAAAGCGCAUCGCGAAUCAGAUACAAAGCGAAGUUUCUGAUGGGACAGCAGCAACCGAUGAUGCUUCAUGUAUUGUGGCCGCUACCAUUCUCAAUAAUGAAAACAAUCCAGAAGAUGCUAUGCGGAUACUUGCGAAAAGCGACUCUUUGGAGGCUCGCUCCGCUACCGUCUUCACCUUGCUUCAAAUGGACAGGGUUGAUAUGGCUGUAAAGGAGUUGAAGAAAAUGAAUGAAAUUGACGAGGAUGCCACUUUAACUCAGCUGGCUCUUGCAUGGGUCAACAUGGCCGUGGGUAAGGAUAAGCUCAAGGAUGCGUAUUACAUUUAUCAAGAAAUGAUGGACAAGUACGGUCAAAGUCCUCGACUUCUUGUCUCUCAGUCAGCCGUUCUCAUUCUACAAGGAAAAUAUAAAGAUGCAGAAGCCUUGUUGCACGAUGCCCAGCUGCGCGACGCCAACAGCUGCGAUGCUUUGGUGAAUCUUGUAGCCGUCAAUCAGUUUCUUGGAAGAGAUUACGAGGUCAUGAAAAGAGCUAUCGCACAGCUUAAUGACAUUGACCCAACACAUCCAUGGCUUGUUGAUAUGAAAGCAAAAGAAGAACUUUUUGAUGAACUCGUAGCCGCAUAA